AUGGGGAGGCCACAGCAGGACGUGAUCGAGACCUUCAUGAGCGUCACCGGCGCUUCGGAGGCGGUGGCGUUGCAGAAACUCGAGGUAAAGAUCCUUUCCCCAUAAACAACUGGCUGUUCUUAUCCCUCGGUUCUCGUCGUCUUCUUCUCGCUUCAAAUGUUCCCGCGUAGAUCUUUUUCCUCGCGACGCCAUUUAACCCGAAGAUUGUUGGGGUUUUUUACUACGUCGUAUUGCGGCUAGCGUACCUGUCGAGACGAUAUGUAAAUGCGAUUGACGAAUCACCAUUAUUCCGUGGGGAAACGAUGAUUUUUUUUUCCAUUUCCAUCUAAAUUAAUUUUAUCUUCACGGUACCCCUCCUAAACAAUGGAAAUCAUUUUCCGUUGUUUUCUUUGAUUGUCUGAGGCUGAAACUCACGCCAUUGUUCUGCUGUUGAUUUGUCUUCCUUGACAUUUCUGUCGGACGAAAACACGUGGUUAGUUCUCUCUUGGUGUCGCAGUGAGAAAUAUAUUUACUCGGUUUUCUAUGUCAAAAGAAGUGUUGGCUUAUUGAUUGAGUUUUCGCUAUAUUGGGGAUAUCAGGUGGUUUUAUUAUUUAGCGAGUGUAGCAACAUAAAAUGCAAUCAAAGUGCAGUCUGAUUACAUUUACAAAUCCACUGACUUUCCAGUUGCUAAAGAAAGUGAAAUAUGGAACUUUUUUUGGUUUCAAAAUACAGGCAUCAUUGGUUUUAACCAGAAAUGUACUACUCAAACUUUAGUUUCCAUCUUUGGAGGAAAAAUGAUUACUCAAACGAGACAGUCGUUGUGCAGAAGCAUAAAGAUGAGUCCCAAGAUUAAAUAUAAUGGGAACUUUUCCAUGUGUAAGCUGAUAUUUGCAUAGAGAAGCAUUCUAAUCCAUCUGUAUUUCACCUAUUGAGUAGUUUGGGAAGAAGAACUCAAGUUCUUCACAGUUUUCAACGGGUAUUAAAAAUUGGUUAUUUAGAGAGUCGGCUAGUUUAUUAGAGACUUGUUGACAAAGCAUCUGCUUUUGUCAAGACUAAGGAUUUUUUGGGAGACGGUUAUCAGAUGACUAGUUUUUGUCCACAUCUGAUAUAUAUCUGAAAUUCGAGUAGAUGUUUAUACUGACAAGUGUGGUUGGAUCUCUUUUUCAUAAAUGAGAAUAAAAUUGUCCUCUUCCAAGUUAGAAAUCUCCACAAAAGCACUGAGGCUAUUUAUAUUGGGAACCCCUACUGAACACCGAUCUUCUUUUUCCCGAACUAUCUCUGGACGAUCCUCUGUUGGUAUGUCUUAGCCAUGCUGAACUAUCCACUUUGUUCUAAAUGAUUGCAUCCAAUGCUUGGAUGUGUACAGUCUCUCCGGGUAAUUGGCUGAAUACGUUUUAGUUGAAUACUUUCUUCUACUGUUGUUACAUCUGUCCGACUGUAAGUAGGUGGUUUAAUGUAGUUGAUCAUCUUGAAAAUUUCUAUAGGAUUAAAUUUUAACUACUGUUACCCUUGUUUUGAGGCAUGCCUUCACUUAAUUUGAUGUGCUUUCUAAAUGUGAUCAAAAUAUAGGAGCAUGGUGGGGAUCUUAGUGCAGCUCUGAAUGCUCACUUUAGUGAAGGAGAGAGAGUCAAGUAUGUAUCUGCUCGCCAUUUUUCUUCAAGUUCAUAGUUGAUUGAGAGGCUUCUUUAAUUUUUUUGUUAUUUUAGUUUUUUGCUGAAUGUUUACGUCUUUAUCCAGCUCACGUCCCACAGAGGCUCCUGCUUCACAUGAUGACAUCAUGGAUAUAGAUGAACCCAUAAAUGUUGAAACAGUGGGGCCUCCUUUCCCAGUGUUAUUAGCCAGUGGAAGUUUAAAUCCAUUCUCACUCCUGGACGAACACAUAGGCAGAACAUCCUUUGGUAGAAGAGGUGGUGUUGAUGUUAGAAGCCGUGCUCCGAGAAUUUCACAUCCUCGUGAAGUGAGGGAGAUUCCCAUAGAAUUCAAGGGUGACAACAACCAUUCUGGUCCGUCCAGUCAUGGUCCAAACAUUGAAUUUCUUACUGAAAAUGAUACCAUGGUUGGACCAGAAACUUUUGGACAUGUUACUGUGGAUGAAGAAGAUGAGGACCUUCCUGUUGCACUGAAUGCUUCUGUUCCUGGCCAAACUGAAGAAAGAUACGAUCAUCCUCGUGGGACAGUUCUUGAACCUAGCGCUCCUCAGGUGGGCAUGGUGGCUGAUAACAAUGACAUUGAAGAAGAAAUGAUCAAGGCUGCUAUUGAAGCUUCAAAACGUGAUACUCAGGGAUAUUCGAGCCUAGAAUUUGAUGCGCCUAAUGUAUGUCUUUGCCCUGUUUGCAUAUUUUGUUCCUUUCGUUUUCCGCAUUACUCUUUUUCCUUGAGCAUGUGGCCAUUUUCGUACUACUUUAGGUGCCAUAUAGUGGCCAAUUACCUGAAAGGCAUCAUUCUUUGGAGGACCCUGAGCUUGCUCGUGCAGUUUCAUUGUCUUUGAAGGCCUUUCAAUCAUACGAUUUUUUUUGUGUUCUCGUUUUUUGAUAUAUUUAUUUUAUAUUUGUUUGAUAUUUAUGUCACGCUGCAGACAGGAGAACAAGAAAGAACCCCACAUGAGAAGGGUGUUCUUAUUGAUCAAAUGGGGCAUGCUAGCUCAUCAUCUAUAGUGGAACUUGAUGAGAAGACCAAGCCGACCUUUAGUAGAAGGUGGAUGCUGUGUGUUUACGCUGCACUGUAUUUUCCAUUUCUGUUAAGAAUUUUCUUUUCGUGAUUAUAAGUCUAUUUGGUGUGCCUCUCCUUUCUAUGAUUGUUUUCUUCGUUGAUCACAUUGGUGUGUUUCUUAAGUAUGUUAUCCCUAUGGUAUGCCAUCAUUAACAUUACCAAUCUUAUUCUGCUAGUGUGGUCCUAUUCCUGGAAUUUGUUAGGUAGGAGAUUUGAGCAUGACAGAAUGUCAAAACCCUGAGAGCCCAGAGGGAUACUUUCAAAUGCUAGGAAAUGUAGCUCUUGGCAGUUGUGGUUUUUUUGGGGUUCCCUGUUGUUAUCUACAAUUCAAAAUUAUAGCUCUUAGUGCUGCUAAAGAAGGAUAAUAUGAAUUGAAUUUCUGUCUAUGAGUGGACUGAUACGUUGUUUUAAUUUGGGGAUCAAUAACAGGGCUGUAACCUUUGUACAUUGACUUCUUAUUGGGUGAAUCUGAAAUGGACCAAUUUUGAUUUUUUUUGUUGUCCAAAUUUAGUCAAUGUUCAUUUAAUAAAAGGAUUGAACACCAAGGUUACAAUACGGGUGGACAUUUACUAUUUAUAUUUGAACUUUGAAUUUUUGCCUAUCAAAAUAUCGUUUAUUUUAAUGAUAGGAAUCAUCAGGGCUAACAAUGAGAACCAUUUUCUUAUCAUCUAAAAUAAACUUGAAAUUCUUUGUGAAGGAAAACUUAACUGUAGUUUAUUUACUUUCCUGUUCUCUCCUGUUUCGGUUCAAGCACUGAUACAUUUUCAUUGGCUGUAGAAGGCAAGAGCCUGGUACAUCAAGUGGUGGAACAAGGCAAUUUCUAUCAGAAGGAAAUCGCUCCCAUGAAGAUGAAUUAGAAGAGAUAGAUGAACAGCCAUUGGUGAGGCGUCAUUCUAGACAUAUUGCUUCUGAAGCAGGCAACUCUUCGAAGGAAGCCAUACAAUUGGACGACAGUCCACCAUCUAGUCCUCAGACUCACGAUGUUGGUACCUAUCCUCAGAACAACAGGGAAGCAGACGAGGUAUUUCUUUCAUUAAGUUGAAGGAAUAGGCGUUUUAUUUUAUUUUAUUUUAGAAAUCAAUUAUAUGAUUUAAUUUUAUCUCAGACGUAUCUUUCCAUUUAGUUUUUUUCCUUUUAUAGAUCGAAUGCUAAUCUUCUUUUGUUUUUCUGAACCAAGUGGGGAGGCAUUACAUCUGAAGAACAUGAUGAAGCAGUAAUGCUUGAAGCUGCAAUGUUUGGUGGGAUUCCAGAGAGGGACACGUAUAAAUUUUCUUACCCAGAUCAUCAAGAAGUUCAAGUAGGGCCUGGCAGACAUACUGGCUUUUAUCCUUGGACACAUCGUCCUCCCUCACCAACACUAGCUGCACAACGCAUGCUACGGGAACAGCAGGUUUCUUUUAAUAUAUGUAUAUAGAAGCUCUGUUGUCGUAUUUGUGAAGUAGACUAGUAAGAAGAUUAGUUUUCAGGAUGAUGAGUACCUGGCGGCACUACAAGCAGAUAGAGAAAAGGAGUUGAAAGCCAUGCAGGAAGCCGAACUUCGCCGUCUGGAAGAAACAGCAGCCAGAGAAGCCGCUCUCCAGAAGGAAAAAUAUCAAGAGGAAGAAAUACGCAAGAAAAAGUUGGAAGAAGAGGUAUGGCUGAUUCGCAUGAUAACUAAGAAUAUGGUUUGACAGGCCAUCAUACUUGAAAUUUUAUUUUGGUUUUAUGGCACGCAGAGUGAUCUUACCUUUUUCUUUGUUAUUAAGCAUCUUGCAUUAAAAUGUGACAUCCAUGUUUUUAAGUCUUGCGAGUAAAUUAAGUUUUGUUAUAAAUGGCAUGUUUUAAGUGACUUGGCCAAGGGUCGAAGCCAAUUCUAGUACUGGAAUCUCGAGGAAGAUUGCCUGUUGUAAUUUAUGCGUCACAAUGAGGCCUAAAGACUGCUCUAAUACUUGAUGUCCUAUUUGGAAAAGGGUUGAUGAGGGAGGGAGGGAGGGAGGGAAUAUUAAGGAAGAUUAUUUUGGUACUGUUUCAAAAGUAGGAGGGAAAUUGACUGCUGGGUUUGCCAUUUUGGUAUUGCCAAGUAAAGAAAACUGAUGCCCAGAUCGAAAUGAUUGUUGCCACUUGUUAUCUUGUCUUUAUUUUGGUGUUUGAUCAGUCCUUGACGAUCCUCCUUAAAGGGGGGGAGCCAAUACACCUCUUUACCCUUCUUUUAUUUGAAAGUCGGUAGAGACGAUCCUGAAUUUUAUAUUUUUUAUAUUACAGCAUCAACAGAUUUUAGGAUGAGCUAGUCUAGCUCAUCCUAAAUCUCAAUGUGAUGUGGCAAUUGCAAAAGGCAAUCACGAUCGUAUUAUAUCAGAAAAUAUUUGAUUGCCCAAAUUCAAAUGUAAACAUUUUGGGUGUAAAUAUUUAUUUCAGAUGGAAUAAAUAGUUAAUUAUAGCAAUCUCGUAUCAACUCCACAUAGAGAUUGCAGUCCCGUUUUUGGUUGUAUGUUACAAUUGAAUUUUUUGGUUGGUAGGCAAUGCAAGUUUCUAUUGUUCCAGUGCAAGUUUCUGUGUUAGGCAGUGCAAGUUUCUAUUGUUCCAGUGCAAGUUUCUGUGUUAGGCAGGAGAAUCAAAUGGUCUUGCGGCAUAUACACACAAUAAGACUUUAGAUUUGUAUUAUGUCAUAGAGUUGGCGAGAGUCAUCCCUUGUCAUGAUUUGUAUCACUGUACCUUAAGAGAAUCUUACAUAUCGCCGUUUUAUGUUCGUGUUUCUGAUGAUGAGCUUCAACUGCUCCAAAAUCUGCCACAGGAGUUUGAGAGGGCGCUUACUGCAAAAUUAGCAUCACUUCCCGUCGAACCCUCCACAGAUGACGAAAAUGCGGUGACACUCCUGGUUCGAAUGCCCGAUGGAAGUCGUCAUGGGCGUCGUUUUCUCAAGUCCGACAAGCUCCAGGUAGAUAGAUAGAUCGAUCGAUCUCAUGGCAUAUUUUAUGCUUCUUUUCUUGUUGUUUCUCAGUCUCACAUCUGCGUCGCCUUGCAGUCGCUUUUUGAUUUCAUUGACACCGGGAGGGUGGCCAAGCCCCGAACGUACAAAUUGGUAAUUAUUUUGAUCUGCAUAGUAUCAGAGCAAGUUUUAUCAUAAAAUUUCCUUCUUCUGCUUUUGUACUGUCGGAAGAUGCCAGGGGAAGCCCGCCCGCCCACUCGUGGGCAUGCGAGGAGAAUGUCUGUGGAAAUCGUUCUUAGCUUUUUAUUUCCUGCUUCAUAGGAUUAUUCAACUGCUAGUGACCUUUGCAUGAGGCUUAUCUGAGACUUGAAAUAUGGUUUUUUUUUUUCUGGGUUAAUUCUGCAAGCAUUGAAUUCGUUUAAACAGGAGAGAGAUUACUCGAUGAAGAGGAACAGAGCUGAUCUGAAUCGUAUUGACUCAGCUAUCUAGGCUCUACCUAAGAUCAUUCCCUGCAUGUAUUUUUUUUUUCUCAUCUGUUGAAGGCAAGGUUAAGGUGCAGCUAGUGGCUCUGUUCACAGGUAAGGCCCUACCCUCGACGGGCUUUUGGCGAGGAGGAAAGCGGCCUCUCCUUCAGCGAUCUGGGACUGACAAGCAAGCAAGAGGCGCUAUUCCUGGAGCUGAUCUAG